GAAGUUGUGACGGACAUCAUUAUAUAACGGACAACUUUCCUUUACCCAGGAUCCUCUGCUUUAAGUCCGUCCUUCCGACUUCCGCCUCAUCUACGAGCCGAAAUGGCCCCAACCAAGAAAGGAGAGAAAAAGAAGGGGCGUUCAGCCAUCAACGAGGUGGUGACCAGAGAGUACACCAUCAAUGUGCACAAGCGCAUCCAUGGAGUGGGCUUCAAGAGGAGGGCCCCCCGCGCCAUCAAGGAGAUCCGCAAGUUCGCCGUGAAGGAGAUGGGAACUCCUGAUGUGCGCAUUGAUACUCGCCUCAACAAGGCAGUGUGGAGCAAGGGUGUCAGGAAUGUGCCGUACAGGAUACGCGUGCGGCUGUCCAGGAAGCGUAACGAAGACGAGGACUCCCCCAACAAGCUGUACACCCUGGUCACAUACGUUCCUGUCACUACAUGCAAAGGUCUGCAGACAGUCAAUGUUGAUGAAAACUAAAAUCUGAGAGUCGAAUAAAAGAGUUAAAGAAA